AUGGGUCCAGUGACUCGAGCAAGCACUCUCAGAGGGCAGAGAAAGAUCUUUGACUCGCUCGGAGCUCCUAGUUUUGCGUACAGAUAUCAGCUUUAUGAUAGGGACACCGUUGGCACACUGGAACAGAAAUUGGCAGAGCGGAUCGCCGCAGCAAAGUACGAUUGGUUCUUCCAAAACCACAGCAGCAUGCUGCUGUUUGAAUGGCCCAGCGACAGAACCGUCGACAGAGACUAUUACUGGCGUGAAUUCGCAAACUGUGUGAACAGGACGUUCGACGGAGACUCAGCGACUACUUUUCUUUCGGACAAGCUGAGCAAUGAAGCGCUGGAUAGUUGUCUGGGCACUCCAAUCGCGUCUGGACGCGCUGAGCACCGUUGCAUGUUUCAAAAGGGACUGGAGGCAAGGUCGCUAGCCAAACUCGUGGACUCGGUAGCUCAGAACGCAAGCGGGCUGAGGCUGAAGGCGCUGGCGUUCCGCCUGGAGUCCGAGGGCGAGAAGCACUCCAACAACUUUGUCGCUUCCCUGCAGCCCGUCUUGGAGGAGUCUAUGAACAUGUACAGAGACAUACACUACGAAAAGCUCCUGAAAAUAGCCAGGCAGGCCAAGAGCGAUAAUUCUGCGAAGGACGUUCUGGCGAAACUGGCCGAGAACGAUCUGACCUCGCCGAGGUUGGUGCGCGACGGCAGCUGGCUAAUGUUCGCGAGCCUAAAGUAA